AUGGCGUUCAGGUCGCAGCAGCUGUAUAAGAAGAUGGUGAAGAAGGUGGGGGAUUCGGUGCCACCGAAGGUGAUGGAGUCGAUGAAGAAGAGCCUUCCGAACUCUAAGCUCGUCAUGGGAAGGGCCAACCGCGGCAUCUUCGCUGGCCGUCAUAUCCAGUUCGGCAACAACGUUAGCGAGGACGGGGGCAACAAGUAGGCUACUUUACCCCUUACAUCAUAUCAGAUUUUCCUUGCCUGCUGUCACGAGAUCUUGCCAAGUUGUGAUUUUUUAGCUGCGAUUCUGUCUUCUCGGUUUCUGUCAGAUGAAAGCUGCACGCGUAGGAUGAGCUAGUUCCUUCUAGGGUUUCCGGCGAUCUCUCAGAACGGUCGACAGCUUCAAGAAUCUCGUCUUGCUUGAUGAGAAGAUGAGAGGCGACAAAAUUCCUACAGUGUCAUGAUUUGAUCGACUGCUGGUGUUGAGCCUUGGAUUGCAUGAGCUCAGAUCAGGGCUAGCUUGCCUGCUCAAGGAAACCCUAAUAGGGGCUAGAUAGCUUUCAGGAAGGAAACCCGUUUCCUGUGUGGAGAGCUGAAUCAAUUCCAACCCAUUAGUUUGCUUGGCCAUUUUUGAAAUCGCUUAGCUGAAGCUUCGUGUGUGAUGCCCAAAUCUCUAGCAAAAGGAUUUUUUUAAUUUUUAUUUUUAAUGAGGGUUAGAGUUGGCUAAGAAGAGAUCAGAAGUGGCCAUCCUCAACAUGGGCGCUGAACUGGCAGAGUCUUCCGCUCUUGGCCUCUGCAGGACCCGGCGGACAUGGAAGCCAAACGUGCAGGAGAAGCGGCUCUUCAGCUACGCCCUCGACCGGCACAUCCGGGUGAAGGUGACGACGCACGCCCUGCGGUGCAUCGACAAGGCGGGCGGCAUCGACGAGUACCUGCUGAAGACUCCCUACCAGCGGAUGGACACGGAGAUGGGUCUGCUGUGGAAGGCCAAGAUCGAGAAGCUGUACCAGGAACUCGGGCAGGCGGAGGCCUUCUUCUUCUCCCCCGAAGAGGAGGCGAGGAUCGAGGCCGGGUUCGAGGAGUACCGAGCCGCCAGGAGGGCUGCCAAGAAGAGCUCAAGCCAAGACCCGGCGGCGGAGGGAGGAGCUUCGUGA